GAUAGGGUUACACAGACCUUGUGCCCGUCCUUGCGACCCAAACCACUACACAUAAAUACAGCAAAAUUGGAUCUAGAAUUUCAUAAGCCUAAUGUAUCGAACAACUUCACUAAAACAUGAGAAGUGUUUUACUUUGGUUGUUGGCAGUGUGUGCUGUGGCUCAAGUCAGUUCAAAAACGUUUCGAAAAAAUGGAAAGAACGUCUGCGAAAUGACAAAAGUAGUGACAAAGAGCUACAAGGUGUCUACAGUCUCCCACUUUCCAGUAUCCAGAAAUACAAAUUGUGGAAUCUUUGGCUGGGCUAGAUGUAAUGUCAAAAGAACAGCCACAAAAACACUUUAUGUAAUAAACACAAAGGAAACCUACGUUACUGAACUUUAUUGCUGUGAUGGAUGGAGACAACGAAGCGUAGGGAAUUAUUAUGAAUGUGAUAUUCCUUAUUGUAGACUUGGAUGUCAUAACAGUGGUACUUGCAUCGGAGGCACACACAGGUGCAAAUGUCCCAAAGGAUGGACAGGAGAUCUUUGCGAUAAAGACGUAAACGAGUGCGGUCAAAACAAUGGUGGCUGCCAAUAUGAGUGCACCAAUACUCCAGGAUCCUUUAAGUGCGGGUGUCCAAUAGGCUACGAACAAGACAAGCAAGACAAGACACGCUGUCAAGAUAUGGACGAAUGCGAAAGUUUAUCGUGUAAAUGUGCUAACAGUUACAGUCAGUGUGGUGCAUUUUGUCGCAAUACCAUUGGUAGCUUCAAGUGCUCGUGUGGUAAAGGCUAUAGAUUGGCUUCUUCUACUGUUUGUGAAGACAUCGAUGAGUGUCUUUCACCUUUAACAAACAACUGUACCUCCAAUUGUGUCAACAUGCCGGGAUCGUAUGGAUGCGAUUGCAUGAAGGGAUUUCGUUUGGGAAAAGAUAGCACUACAUGUGAAGAUAUUAAUGAAUGUGCACUCUUGAGUGGUGCCUGUCAACACAGAUGUCUGAAUACCUAUGGAUCUUUCGUUUGUCAAUGUCGCAUUGGAUUCAAACUCCACGCUAAUCGGAAAAGAUGUUCAGACAUAGACGAGUGUCUUACUCCAUACCAUGGCUGUGAAAAGCUGUGUAAUAACACCAUGGGUAGCUACUACUGUUCCUGUCCAAAGGGUUUCACUUCAAACGACGAUAAGUUCACAUGCUCAGACGUCGACGAAUGUUCCCUGAAAAAAGUAAAAGGCUUGGCUGGCAAUGCUUCUCUAUCUGACUGUGAACAGCUGUGUAUAAACACUGUGGGCUCAUUCAAGUGUUCGUGCAAACGAGGAUAUCUGUUGCGAAAUGACGGGAAGACGUGCAAAGAUGCAGACGAAUGCUUUUCCGGAACGCAUAGAUGUGAUCAUAAAUGCACCAACACCUUUGGAUCUUAUGUUUGUUCAUGUAGGCCUGGAUACUCCCUAACCGCUGACAGAAAAGCAUGCAGACCUGUUCCAUGUGAAUCCAUUGAGCAACCUGCCAAUGGCAACAUCCGCUGUAAUGGUUCUUGGACUGACGCGAGCUGCCAAUUCUCAUGUGAGCCUGGUUACCAGCUUCAUGGCUCAAAAACCAGAACUUGUUUACCGUCAUCCAAGUGGAAUGGAAUCAAGACGUACUGUAAAGUCAAGAGUUGUGAUGAGCUCCAGGUCCCAGAUAAUGCUGUAAUACUUCUGCCCUGCUACAAGACGUUCAAGUCACAGUGUACCUUACAAUGUCAACAAGGUUUUUACGAUAAACAUGGCGAUGGUGUAGCGACGUGUGAAGUUGAGAAUUCUGGAGACAUGUCAUGGAACCUGCAUAACUUCAAAUGCACCAAACUUCAAAUAUGUCAGCCAAAUCCUUGUAGAAAUAAUGGGAAGUGCUUGAUUCAGGGAAGAAACUAUGGUUGCGACUGCGUAGGAACUGGGUUCGAGGGUUCUGAGUGCCAAACAGGAAUUUUAACAACACCAGUUUUUGAAAAGCUAAAAGUGAAUGAACAAUCCAAGAUAUAUCACUUCUAUGCACAGCCUAAGAAUGACCUUGUUGUCAUCAUAAAGUCUUCUAAAUCUCUUAUCAUCAAACCCAAACGUAAGCUUCGUAUUUCAAAAUCGACUAAAAAAGCAACAUUCAGCAUCGUCCCUUUAAGACCAGGCCUUCAUGUGAUAUCUUACUCUCUUGGCGGCCAAGAUGCCAAACACUACAAAGUACCAAGCAACAGUACCGUGUACGUAAAGUCUAAAGACGACGAUAUAAGUGUCUUUAACGCACUGAAAAUUCCAUAUAAAAGUAUACCAGUCGGAUGCCAUAAAUACAGUUCACUAAAUGGCAAAUGCCAGUCACAGUUAGUAUCAAGUCAACCCUGGAUGAAAACACGCACCGCAGGAAUAGUUCACUUGAUGACAAAAGACACAAGUUAUCCUAUUUCUCUCUUUGGAACGAGUGCAGGAGAAAACUUUGCUCCCUCCAAGAAAGCUCUAAUAGAAUCAAUUCAUGCAAUAUCCUCAAGGAAUAUGAACAGCUCCAUUUUCAUUAAACGAGACGGCAAGUGCGAAGACCUGUCAAUGACCAGUUUUCAUGUUAUUGAGCUUAUUCAGACAGACGCGUUUCCAAAUACAAUGAUAAACUCUUUAUCAAGUCUAUUGCCAAAGUGGAUUCAGUUUAAUGUCGAUAAGAAUAAUGAACUGUUUGAUGUCUCAAAUCUUAUGGCUUUAUUAGGCAAGCCACCUUCUCAUGGACCAGGAAGUUGUGAGCGUCUUCCCCUAACAUCUUCAGCCGCAAACAAUUUGUUCUACAAACCGUCAAUAUCAUUUAACAUCCAAAUUGAUGGAGAACGAACAGAAUUUGGGUCGAGCGAGUCGGCUUGCUUUGCCAUGGAUGUAUGUAAAAAUAAGAUGUUCAUAGACUUCUCUCCAAAAGCAAGAAAAAUAUUUCAUCGAAUGGCAGCCAUUCAGAAUAUGAAGAAUGCAGGCUGGGACUUUGAUAUAUCGAAAUUUGGACUUAGAAGAAAUGAACGUACAGGACAAAAAGAUGACUUUGACAUUUGGAUGGAUGGCAAUUCGCAAAUAGUCUUAAGCAAACCUCGGUUUUCUGUUGGGUUGAACUUGACUGGGGAAUUUACAACAAGAUCCGCGUGCUAUGAUCAGAUUUUCACCCGACAAUUCGAGUGUUCUAUGUCUGGAGAAUUCAAAGGAAAGUUGUCCGUGAAAUCCACCAUACAAGAGAGUUCUCGAAAAACUUCAUUGAAGUUCUCGUCCGAUGAAACAAGUGUGAAGUUCCAGUAUGGAGGCGCCAGAAAUGCUGCUAAUGGAGUUUUGCCAGUUCGAUGUGGAUCUUCACAAGGAGCACAUAUAACAUUCAAAUCCAAAGAUAACCCUUUCCAGACAUCUCAGUUAUCACAUCAUAUUCUCCCAUAUCUGCAACAAUUAAUGAAUGUCACCAUUUAUCACAGCAUUGAAGGAGGCGGGCAAACUGGUGUAAAAAUACCUCCAGAUGUUAAAAUGAAACUCAUGAUCCUGGGUUUUGUUGUAAAACCGUUUAAGUUGUCCUUGCAAGGAUCAGCUGCUUCACUCCCUCAACUACAGUCAGAGUUAUCACAACUACUUAACAUUGUCACCGAGCUCGAUACAUUAACUGCURAAGCGAAUCAGGUCGUCAAUGUAAACAUGCAAAAUAAGCUGCAAGGAACACAAGCUCAUGAAUUCCAAAUAACUAUUUCAUCAAUAACAAAUUUGAUCUCAGAAGCACUUUCCCUUUGUGCGACUCUGUCAAACAAACUAUCAGCAUCCAAGCCAAAUGUUCAGGCACAGACAUUGAAAUUCGGCAUUCAAAGCUUUCAGCAAAACAUUAAAACAGUAAAACCAUUAAAACUCACUGCUAUGCGAUCUCCACUCAAGCAGGGUCUCAAGGGACUCGUUGUUGGUACACUCGCAAAAGUUUGCCUGGGACAACUUUGUAUUCCUGAUGUGACAGCUUCGAUAGAUGUAAUGACUGGCGCGAGCAAGGGCGGUAGCCAUGGCGACUGCAAAAACAAACAGUACCUACGGGUAAUAGCCAUAUCAUCAAAAAAUAGAAAAGUGAGUAAAAUUAUUACAAUCAAAGGAAAGCAGGCAAUGGAAAUAAAACUGUCUCCCCAACUACUUCAGUUCAGCGGUAUUGUUACCAUAUUUGGUAUUUCUCAAGAGGCAAGAGUCAAUGUUAAUGAUCGCCAAUUAACAACCAAAUUGAAAGCCAAAAUCUUUAAUAAAUUCGAUUGUGAUGUAGAUAUCGUGGCCGAUAGUGCUGUGGAGGAUUGGGGAAGCCUUGUUUUCAAAGCCAGUGGAAAAAUGGACAAUCAGUCAAGUCUAACGAGAAUGCUGGAGGAAAGAUUGAAUAAUUAUGCAUUAGAUUUGAUUGAAAAAUCCGAGAAAAGAGUCAUGAAAGCAAAAUCUGCAUUUCAAAAUGCAACGUUAAAAACACAACAUGCAAAAAAAUUGCUGAACUCAACGCAGGCCAAAUUUGAAAGUCUAAAGAAGAACGAAACAUCUCUUCAAAAACUCCUUAAAAGGAAAAAAGCGUUUCACGCUAUGGUGAUUGACUGGUUUGAUAACGCUCUCGAAAACUAUAACAUGACUAUGUCUAGCAGAAAGUCUUGCACUCUCACACAAUGCAAUAGAAUUUGCAAUAAAACUUGCAUAGAGGAUAUGUGCUGGGACAGAGCAACUGUCCAGUACCAAAAAGCUGAUUGUUCAUAUGAGGAUUCCUACAUUGUUAAGCUGAUGCCGAAAACAACGUCUGCAAUGAUAACAUACCUCACGACUCCAACUAUCAGAAAAGAUCUUGGCAAGUGUAAAAAUUGGAUAACAUCCUUUGCUGAGGGAGUCUUAACAUUUGGUCUGUCUAAACUGUUAGGAAAAAGAAGAAAGAGAAGCAUCGAACAAGAUCAAAACAAACCCAGAAACAAAAGAAAGGUGAAUAUAAACAUAAAUAAAUAUCUACGGAGUCGAGAUCCGUCAUUAUCACGCAAUUUCGACAUUAAUACCUCACUUCGGAGGAAAAUCCCUGAACUACCAAAGGAUUUUGAUUUCAAUACCGCACUGGAGUCUUAUAUCUUGAAACAGCAUAACUUCGAUAUCAACAAACUUUUAAAGGAGCGGUUUCCUGCUCUACCAGCAAACUUUGAUAUAGACCGAGAAAUUCUACAGGCUGUUCCUGCACUAGCAAGAACCUUUUCUUUUGAUGAGUUUUUAAAGAACAUCGUUACUGAAGCAGCAAGACUGAAGACACCUAUCGAACUUAGAAACAAACUUGAAAGUCUGUCACCAAGAUUGGCUAGAGAUUUUGAUAAAGUUCUCAGAAAAGCUGUACCACAACUUAAUAACACUUUCAGUAUUACAGAUUUAGUGCAGAAAUACCUGGGUGGCAUUAUUGUAUUUUCAUUUGAUGAAACGAAGUUGGAUUAUUUUGAUGUCAAUGACAUUAUAAAGUCUAAAUUUCGUGGGUUUCCUGUGGAUUUUGAUCUCAACAGACUGCUUCUGAACCAACUACCACAGCUUAAUGCAACAUUCAACAUAAAUAUACUGAUAAAAAACGCAGUUCUUGGAGUUGGCCCUCAGGCAAAACAUCUUGACGAUCUACUUGCUAACGCGGCUGGAGUUCCUGGAUUCAGUCUGAAAUCGUCUUUGUCCAGGAAGUUUCCAGGAUUUCGGUUCAAGUUGGAUGAUCUAAUUACAAACGAAAUUAAGAACUUGAUGUCUGUUAAAGUGAAUCAAACUAUGCUAAACACUCUAACACUCAACGAAAUUCUAAAACGCGUCCUUCCGAAAUUCAGAACUGAUUUUGAUGUCGAUUACGUGUUAAUAAACGCUUUUCCAAGUUUAAAGAAGAAAUUUGAAUUGCGCGAGAUUCUCGAAGGAGCAAUACCACUUAUUAAAGUAAUAGAAAACUUGGAUCUUAAUCAUCUAAUAAAAGGAGUUUAUCCAUCAAUUGAACAUAUAAAUCUAGACUUAGACAGUGCUUUGAAGAGAAGAAACCCAGCCUUAAGAGGAGAUGUAAAUGUUGAGAAGUAUCUAAGUCAGCGAUUAAGAGAUAUUGUUCGUCCGAGUUUUGACAAAAUACUUCAUCAAGGUUAUCAUGGAAUUUCAAAAAUGCCGGUCAACUUUGAAAAGAUUCUAGAAGAAACGAUUGGAACGGAUAGUCUCGAAGAUCUAAGGGGUCUGGUCCAAAAUGGCGUAUUUCCUGACUUACAAGAUGCAAAUCCUAUUCCAUUCAACAGCAGGCGAGGAAAGCGACGUAAUAAACGAAGUUUCUUUAAGACUGUUGGCAAAAUAAUUAAAACUGCAUCAAAUGUUAUUAGUCCUGUUUCGAAUAUCGUUAACAGUGCCAUUGACGCCAGCAAGAACUCUGGGUGUACACAUAAAUACCAGGAUACUGUCGGUGCAACAGAAUCUCGCAAAUACAAAGAAAUAAGAACUACUCUCAAUGAUACGAAAAUCCCAAUAAAAAAAUGGAUAUGCAAGAAUCCGCGAAUGGCCAACAUGUUGUCAAAUGGAUACAGGCCAAGAACCUGUUGUAGGAAAGAUAUUGACUGUGUGAAAUUUCUUGAUCCCGUCUGCGUUAAGGAAAAUAGAAACUGCUUCAAUCAGAGAAGAAUUGAGUUCCGGAUGACACAAAGCGCUUUUAAUGCAAGCUUGUUUGAAGAAUAUCAUAAGCUGGUUUCAACAGAGAGUGAAGUGGUUGAUGUGGCUAUGAGACUUGAAGAGGUUAGACUUCGAAAAGAGGUUGCUUUGCAAAAUGUCCAGAUCGUGAAGGCUAAAGUAGACCAACUUAUCGCCUUGGAAAACACAAGCAGACGGAUUUAUCACAAGGUAAAAAGUAUCCCUAAAGUUGACCUGGGCUUUAAGGUUAAGGGAAUCGUUAGAGUAUCUUUUCCUGAUCGCCCUUUCAGAGUUCCUGGCCUGUCCUUUAAGACAGUGUCUUCAACACUAUCAAAACGGCGUCUGCCAUUCAAAACAACUAUCAAAAGAAAACGUGGAAAGGAUCUGUCACUUGAUUUUGUCAUAGAUUUUGAUAAUAUGAACUCAUCGCUCAGUUAUGCAACACAAGAGGCUAUACGUCUAUAUACUACUUCCUCGAGAAAACGAAGAUCGCUAGCACUCUCAGCUGACUCCAGUCAUGAUCCAGAUAUAGAUAGCUGCCUGCUUGCUAGGAACGCAAGCUUAUAUAUGUCAGACAUUCUUGAUUCUCUUCGAAUGGUCAUGGAGUCGAAGGACGACCAAGAUACAAAACUGAAAGAAGAGAUCAGUUCUCUUGAUGAUGCAGUAUCGUCUCUGAACCCAGCAAAAUUAGACGAAGCCGAAGACAGUACUGUUAAAAGCUACAGACAUAUGCUUGCUACUUACAGGAAUGAACGUCGUGAGCAAACAGAAAUGACACCAUGGAAUGAAACUUUGGUCAGUUGGAAAAACUACAUCGAAAAUGUCACUGAAAUUAGACAACUUCCAAACUGCUCGGGAUCGGUUGAUUGCAUUGAAGAAUUGAAAGAGAGUCUUUCAGAAUAUUACCUUGAGCUAGGGAAUAAAAGUGAUGUUUUAAGGAUGGUUCACAUGUUAGAUGAACUAGCAACUGGAAUAACUGAUUUGCUAACAGAGGAAAUCUCAUAUGAACAGGUUAAGGAGACGUUUCAACGUUUGUCUGCAUUACUGGAAAGAACCAAAGACGUAAACCUUCUAUGCAGCGACAAGCCGAAAGUUUUAACCAGGAAUCCAAAAUUGGUUAAGCUCCUCGUGGGAGAAAGUGCCAUUUUGCUCUGUAAUGCUUCAAGUUUGUCUGAAAUAGAAUAUUCUUGGACAAGAGAUGAUAUCUCAAUUCAGACCGAUAAAAAUGGAACUCUUAAAUUGCACAACCUUCAAGAAAAAGACGAAGGACUGUACAGGUGCAUGGCGAGGAACCACAAAGGCAGCACAUUUUCUGGAGUAACAAAGAUUAUAAUCGAGGAGAAACCACAUAUUAUCGAACACCCAUUGCCGGCGAAGGUACCAUUAGACAAAGAAUCUACCGUACGAUUUUCAUGUGUUGCGUCUGGUAAACCUCUCCCUACCAUAACAUGGCUAUACAGACCACCUUUAUCCAACAUUUCAGUUGUAUUACCUGAUGAAAUCAGUAAUAUUUUAGGCAUAACACCAGACAGUGUAGAGAAAAGCGGUUAUUAUUACUGUGAAGCCAUGAAUAAUAGAGGUGUGGCUGUAAGUCGCGAGGCAAGACUUGAUAUCAUGCCCGUCACUAUAGCUACCCCUAAAAUAGCAGUCAUAUUUAACGUUACGAGAAAAUGCAAGCAGCCAAGGUGUCCUGAUAUCCCCUCUGUACUCACUGAUGAACUCAGGAAAAGUGUUAUAUCGAUGGUAACUCGAUCAAUUGGAGUAUCAGCAAAGAGUAUUUCAAGACUGCGCUAUCUACGUUAUUCUACGUCCCUUGCACGUGUUGUUUUGUACAUAUCGACCCCACUAGGGAAUACCAGCGGAGAUAUCUCCAGGGAUCUCAUGAUGGAAAAGUUCUCUGAAGGGAGACUCAAUCUAGUUGGCAAAUUAAAAAGGCUUUUGAGUGCAAUAAACAAAACUGUUUUAGUAAAUGACAUUCCUUCAGCUCCGCUGAUUGGUCUUAGCAGCACACUUGGAUUUGUAAACGUUGAACCUGAAUGUCCUGCUGGUCACUGGCUGGACGAUAACGGAUUCUUCUGUGUCCAUUGUCCACCCGGCUCAUUCCAAGAAAAUCUCCAAGAAGCAUGCUCAAAAUGUCCACUAGGAACAUACCAACCAGAACCUGGACAGACAGACUGUAUUUCCUGUAGUCACUACAAAACAACUUUACGAGAAGGCACCAUUGAAAAGGCAGGCUGUAUUAGAACAGGACCUGGAAAGCCUGAGAGGUUGAAGGUGGAUGUUCUUUCUAGUUCUUCGGCAAACGUCACGUGGACAAGGCCACCACAAAGUACAAUCACCCACUAUGAACUGAUGCUCCAGGAUGGAUCCUUUGGGGGGAGUAUUUUACCUCUUAUCAAGGUCCAUCCAUCCAGCCCAUCACAAACUGACUUUGAAUACACGCUUCGAAACCUCAAAAAAUAUACCGAGUACAGUUUGAUCGUCUAUGGUGUGAUGGGAACAGAACGUGGGAACGCUGCUCCUAUUUAUCGGUUCCGCACCUCUGAAGAUGUUCCUGCAAAGUCUCCCCAAAUCACCUCAGUCGUCGCCCUCAACUCUACAGCAGUACAGGUGAAAUGGGAAAAGCUUCCUGUUAAUGCCUGGAACGGCGUUCCUGUAAGCUACACCGUUUAUAUCAAAGAAAGUUCCUUUGCAAAAUACAAGAAGAAAGAAGUUGAUUACAAAACCCUAUCUACAGUAAUUACCGGACUGACCCAUCACACCAUUUAUUGUGUAAGGAUAACGGCAUCUACAAGAGAAGGAAGUUUUCCUGACUGGGGAAAAAACAGAUGUAAAUGGGCAACAACCAAGAAAAUCACCAUGUAACUUUCGAAGUAGAUAGAAAACAAUGUCAGCGUUUUCAGAUUGAAAUCCUUUGUGUUAUAGAGUGGAAAACAGUAAAACAUAAUUGAGUAAAAAUAGGGAAAAACAAAGGAAUUCUGCACUAUAUGCGUAGUCAGAGCACACGCCUGCAAAAAUCAUUGAACAAAUAUUUGCUAAGUAAAACUGAAUAGUAUCAAUGACUUUUUUGUUUAUGCUUUUGCUGUACGUAUUGUGUGUGAAGCGAUAAUUUUGAAUAAUGAAAAGAUGCGAGUUAUAAAGCGCGGGUAGUCUUCCAAACAAUCUAGACCUCCACUAACUCAUGAUCACGUCUAGGCAACAUGUAAUAAUUAGAUCUUAUAAGCUGUAAGCAUUUAGAUGCAAUAAAAUAUUUACUAUAAGAAAA